CAUUCACACCAGCUGCCACGCUAAAUCUCAUUCCCUACUUCCUAACCCCCCCACUUCCGGUCCUAUUGCUCAGAAAUAGCGUUCUGUCUUUUUCAGAAAUUGCACAUACUUCUGAAAUGUAACAUAAUGUGUCAAAAAUGUUGAGCAGCGUAGAGUUCACAGUGAAUGGCUUUAUCCUCAAAAGUAGUGUGUGUAGUCUGGGACAAAUCAAAACGCAGUCACGCUGCAGCAUUCCAUUGAUAAGGAUGUCUGGUGCAAAGAUACUGCUAUUCCUGCAGAGCCUGUCACGUAGGAAACCUUUGGAGCCUGAAGGUGAGGUGUCCAACUUUCGGCGAUGCCUGACCACCUUAGACCUGUUGGCCCUGGGGGUCGGCAGCACACUGGGGGCCGGUGUGUACGUGCUGUCGGGAGAAGUGGCCAGAGCUGUGGCCGGGCCGAGUAUCAUUAUCGCUUUUCUUAUAGCAGCAGUGGCCUCCAUAUUUGCGGGACUUUGCUAUGCUGAAUUUGGAGCUCGUGUUCCUAAGACUGGCUCUGCCUACCUCUACAGCUAUGUGACAGUGGGAGAGAUAUGGGCUUUUAUCACCGGCUGGAACUUGUUGCUGUCUUAUGUCAUAGGGACGUCAAGUGUUGCCAGAGCAUGGAGUGGGACCUUUGAUGAUCUCAUUGGAAAUGUCAUUGCUAACUCUCUGGGCAAACAGGCUGCGAUGAACUUACCUGGCUUAGCUCCAUACCCAGACUUCUUUGCAGCUGGUCUUAUAAUGCUCUUAGCAGGGAUUCUUGCAUUUGGUGUUAAAGAGUCAGCUAUUGUAAAUAAGGUUUUUACAGCAGUUAACAUCCUGGUGUUGCUGUUCGUUAUCCUAUCUGGAGUCAUAAAGGGGGACAUCAACAACUGGUACAUUGGUGAAGAUUCUCUCCUAGAUGGAUAUGAAAACUACACAUCGCUGAAUGACACCUCCAUAUAUGGCAGUGGAGGAUUUUUCCCUUUUGGCUUUGAGGGAACAUUAGCAGGAGCAGCCACAUGCUUUUAUGCAUUUGUUGGAUUUGACUGCAUUGCCACAACAGGAGAGGAGGUUCAAAACCCUCAGAAGUCGAUCCCACUUGGCAUUGUGGCUUCCCUCCUCAUCUGCUUCCUGGCGUACUUUGGUGUGUCUGCAGCCCUGACUCUUAUGAUGCCAUACUAUUUGCUCAGUGUUAACAGCCCAUUGCCUGCGGCCUUUACAUACAUCGGUUGGGGCCCUGCAAAAUAUGUAGUGGCUGUGGGAUCCCUCUGUGCACUGUCAACAAGCCUUCUGGGAUCAAUGUUCCCGAUGCCCCGUGUCCUCUUUGCCAUGGCCAGGGAUGGACUUCUCUUCAGACCUCUCAGUAAAAUGAGUGACAGACAAAGUCCUGUUACAGCAACCCUAGCUUCAGGGGUUGUAGCAGCUAUCAUGGCGUUAUUGUUUGACCUGAAGGCGCUGGUUGACAUGAUGUCAAUUGGAACCCUUUUUGCCUACACACUAGUUGCGAUAUGUAUCCUCAUAUUAAGGUACCAACUAGACCUCAGCGAAGAUCCAAGUUUCGAUAAACCAGAACCCUUUACAGUUACUGGAGUAGUAUAUCCUUCUUCACAGGCAACUUUAAGGACAUCGAAAAAUGUUUCUGUUUUAACAGUUUGUAUUAUCUUUUUAGCUAUCAUCCUAAGCCUCGUCAUAUCUGGGGCUCUAGGCUCGCUGCAGGCCCUCGAGUGGUGGAGUAUACUUUGUGUCUCUAUCAUCGUACUGAUGCUGGUCCUCGUUACCCUGAUCAUCUGGAGACAACCACAGAAUACAACCAAAGCAGCUUUCAUGGUUCCUUUAGUGCCAUUACUUCCUAUUUUCAGCACCUUUGUCAAUGUCUAUCUUAUGAUUCAACUUGGAUCAGACACAUGGAUCCGCUACGCAGUGUGGAUGGCAGUAGGUUUAAUCAUCUAUUUCUGCUAUGGUGUUCAGCACAGUGUGCAGAAACAAAGGCUCCAAAAUUCCCAGAACCACGUCAGUAUUCACAGCUUUAUGGAGCAACAUUGUGAACCUGGACAAGACUUUAACAGCUAAACAAUGUGACAUGAAAAGCAUUCAGUGGGCAAAUCAUCAAGCAAAGCUAAACGCUUUAAUUUCAAUAAAGCCAGUGGCCAGUAUGCAGGAGCAAGUUAUUAAUAAUAAUAAGUACAGUCACAACCUCUGACCUCUUUUUGUAUCCUAUUCUGUGAAAUUAAAUGUCCGGGAAAGGUUUUUUGGUGCGUUGUUGUUUGGUGAUAGAUUUAUUUUGUCAUAAUUGAAACGUUUAAAUAACUAAGAUAUUGCAGUGAACCACAUAAAUCACACUGGCAUUAUCCCAUGCUUCAUGCAAUAUUUUAUUUUAAUUUUACAAUUUCAGUUAUUGACACUGAUACAUCGCAGACUAGAGUGUGUAUGAUUUUACAAAGAAUAUAACAAUGCUCGAUGGUUGUGUCACUAAUGAGGCAUCUCUCUUAUAGCCAGGACUUUGUGCCAAAAUACAGCAUUAAGAUCAAAUAUUGGAGGUAAAUGCUGUAAAUAAAUAUAGCUCUUGCGAUGUGUAAUUACUAAUUUUGUAAUCAAUAUACCACAUGUCACAUUACUCACAAUUGCUUAACAUUUAUGCAGUUAAGCUGUUUCAUAUUUUCAUUUAUAAUGUACAGUAUUAUAGUGGCAGGGAUUUCUUUUGUUGAGUUUCUUGACUGUUUGUCCACUGCACCCAAUUCCUAAUGUAGCCUAAUGAUCUGGUAUUAAACCAGUGUUCAAUGUAUUUGUAUCACUUUCUAUUAUCAUGUAAAAUCAACAAAAAAAAAUUGUGUGUGCACGAGAAAUAAACAUGACAUUUUUAAUGUUGGGAUAAGCAAUGUUGAGAUGGCUGCAGCCUGGAGACCUCCCGUCUCAUG